AUAUCUUAUUGUUCAGUUAUAUCCAUUCGUACCUUUACGAUCAAUUCUUUGCUUCUAAAAAUUCAAAAUGGCGUUCUACGGAAAGCUCUUCACUUUCGAUAAGAACGAAAACUUCGAUAGCUUUGUCGCUAGCUUGAAACUACCUCAAGAGAAAGCAGAUGCCUUCAUCAACGCCAAACCUUCCCAAAAAAUUGAAAAAGACGGAGACUUUUAUAUUAUCACGACCUACAAUGCAAACGGAACUACUGAAAUGAAAUUCAAAAAUGGUGUUGAAUUUGAUGAAACUUUAUCACAGGAAGUUACCACCAAGAACACAAUUACUGUAGAUGGUAAUAAAUUCACCCAAGUCCAAAAGAUUGGUGACAAUACCAUUACAAUCGUCAGGGAAUACACGCCUGAACAACUUGUAGUCACAUUGACCUCCAGUUUCUGGGACGGCACCGCGAAGAGAUAUUACGUCGCUAAGUAAAAUACAGUUAUUUAAUUUAUUCAAGUGAUUACAUAAUUAAAAUAAUUCAUUGAAUUUUGUACAUCGUGUUAUUUGGAUCCAAUCUCAAAGAAGAAGAAAACAAACUUAAUUAAUAUUUAUUUACUAAAACAAAUUAAAACAUGUUUCCAAAAUAAGACUUUUUUU